GUGUCCUUAUAUUUCCAAACCUAAAGAUCUUCCGUCUUUCUUUGUUUAUCCUCCUUCUCCUUCCUCUCAUCAGUUACCAGAAAUUGCUCCACCCCCCGUUUCUCUCUCCUCUUCAUCGUCGUCUUCUUCAACCAUGGGGUGGAAAGUUGCAGUUGUUGAAGCAACACUAGAAGGAUAACACCGACUUGGUUGAGGUUCCCUUGGAUAGGAGCUAUCUUUGGUGCAGAAGCGAGUUUCUGAACGCUAUGGAAUAGAUGAUUCCGAUCAUUCUCUGCUCGGCAGUCAAGCGUUUCCGAGAGGGGAAAAGGGAGUCUACUUUUGGGGAGGGAUCCUGGAGUUGUCAAGUAUGUGAAAGCAUUAAACGACCAGGUGGUUUAUCUUCCCAUGUCCAACCUGGCCAUUUGCCUGUUUCAAAUAAUUGGCAUAAUGAUGUUCACACUUCGAGGCUCUUGGCUUCGCAGGGGCUGCUGAAGCUUGUUCGGUCUCAGAAAGGGGAACAACUAUUCUUGAAAGUCGAUGCAUCAGAUAUUACAUUCGCACUGCAGGCCCAUCAUUUAUAUGUAUUGGAUGCUCAUCCUGCUCUGAAUGGUACACAGAGUUCGUUUAUUCCUCAGCUUUCUUCAGUAAUCAUAUCCAAUUCUAUCAAUGUUGUAAGUAACUGGAGAAUCCAACACAGUUCAAGGUCUCCAAAUUUGAAGGGUUAUGUACCAAAUAGCCAAUUGUUUACCUACCUUUGAUAAUCUGCCAGUCCAUUGCAUAUGCCAAAUAUUGGGUUGUCUACCUUGUGAUGAUAAAUCAGUACAACAAAUGUAAGGGAAUAUCUUGAUGGGGGGCUGCAAAUAUGGUUGUUGCGGAAGACAAAGGAAAGGGAUACAUAGAAAAAAGCUUGAGAAAUCAUGGGAUUUCUCCUCUACACAGAGUUCACUCCUUAAAGUUUGAGAGCGUUGACAUGAUUCAAGUGUUCAAAGUGCUUCUGUUAGUGAUUUACAUGUUUUAGGUUGGGCAUUUUCUAUAAGCUUUACCAUCCUUUCUUAUGACAAUGUUCAGCAUCGGUUCUUGCGGUCUCUAUUUCGCUCCCUAUUCCAUCCCUCUUUUUCGCUCCCUAUUCCAUCCCUCACUCCCUUCAUUUCAUAAUUUAAGACAUCUAUAUCUUUUGAGAUUGGAUUUGAUCGUUCAUAUUAAAACUAUUGUUUAAUAUUCUACUAUUGUUAUAUUAGUAUUUGUAGGUAAUGUUCAUUAGUUCAUGUAUUGUUCAAAGUAAAUUCACAAUUAUACAUGUCGUUAACUUUUUCCA